CCAACCGGAGGCCACAUGCAAACGACCUGGAGGCUGUGGGCGAAGCCACUAUUGAAAGAUUCCGGCCACAGGGCGGGGACAGGAUUGGCUCUCGGGCUGGCCCCGAUUGGCUGCCGCAGAGACGGGGCGGGCUCUGCGGAUGACCCCGCCCCACCAAGGGGCGGUGCCUGCGCCUGGGCCUCUAGGAGAAGGAGGCAGUGGGGCUCCGAGCUCCGCGUCGGGACGCGUAGGUCUGCGGCGCCGUCGGCCCCGGAGGCAGAGCCGGAAGCGCCACGGUUUGACCCCGGAGCCCUUCUGUUUUUGAAGGGGCAGCCCUCUUCCUCACGGCCCUGCCCACCUGCCCUUCUCCCCGCUCAUCCGGAGGCCGAAGCCCCCAGCCUAGGCGGGGCGGCGCAGCCCGAGCUCCCAGACCCGGAAGAAGCGCCAUCUCCCGCCUCCGCCAUGGAGCCCACCGCGCCGUCCCUCACCGAGGAGGACCUGACUGAAGUGAAGAAGGACGCUUUAGAAAAUUUGCGUGUCUACUUGUGUGAAAAAAUCAUAGCUGAGAGACAUUUUGAUCAUCUCCGUGCAAAAAAAAUACUCAGUAGAGAAGACACUGAAGAAAUUUCUUGCCGAACAUCAAGUAGAAAAAGGGCUGGAAAACUGUUAGACUACUUACAAGAAAACCCCAAAGGACUAGAUACCCUCGUUGAAUCUAUUCGGCGAGAAAAAACACAGAACUUCCUGAUACAGAAGAUUACAGAUGAAGUGCUGAAACUUAGAAAUAUAAAACUGGAACAUCUGAAAGGACUGAAAUGUAGCAGCUGUGAGCCUUUUCCACAUGGAGCCACAAACAACCUCUCUAGAUCAAAUUCAGAUGAGAGUAAUUUCUCUGAAAAACUGAGAGCAUCCACUGUCAUAUACCAUCCAGAAGGAGAGUCCAGCACAGCCCCCUUUUUCUCUACUGAUUCUUCUCUGAAUUUGCCUGUUCUAGAAGUAGGCAGAACUGAAAAUCCCACCUUCUCUUCCACUACGCUCCCUAGACCUGGGGACCCUGGGGCUCCUCCUUUGCCACCGGAGCUGCAGUUAGAAGAAGGAACCUGUGGAAACUCGAGUGAGAUGUUUCUUCCCUUAAGAUCACGUGCUCUUUCACGGCAAUGACAGCUUACUGCCUUUUCAUUUUUUUAAUAAUGACAGAAGAUAUUUGAAAGGAUAUGAAUCUUUUUAUAAAAUUGCUAUAAUGACUUAUUAACAUUUGAUAUAUGUCUUUUAAAAUGCAAUGUAAACAUACCUUGUAAAUAGAAUUUUUUAGAAUAAAGCAUACUUUUAGAUAGCUAGUCAUGUUGAUCAUGUACUUUUUGGUAUUUUCUUUCACUUUUCAGGUUUUUAGUGUUUUCACAUUUUUUAAGACUAAUUUUAAUAGGGAACAUUUCUCUAUUUGAGAACAGGGUCUGAGACUGGGAAUAGUGUUUCUUCCCAGUGCGUUUGUGCUAGUAAUUGUCAAUCUAUUAGUCCUUCCCAACCAUUCAGCAGUAAGUUUUCAGGAGUAAGCUAUUCCCAUUCGGUGACAAAGCCAGUCGCUCCCGGGAAACUGCCAGCGUACUGAAAAGAAUCUUUCCCCGCUCAGUCAGGCUCACAGGCACUUCCAGAGUCCCCUUCUGAUGCGGAGAAACAUCCAGUAGAAUUUGAGCCACUGAAGAUCUCAGUUUGCCAAGAGACAUUUCUUAUUAACCUUACUAAUUAAUACCACUUUCUUAAGAUUUUCACAUUCUUUGCUUUAUCAUUUUCAUUCCUAAAGAAAAAUCUUGGCAAAAACCUUAGUUAUUACGUAGAAUUUGAUGUUUCAAAAAAAUACUCUUUCUGUACUUUUCGUUCUCUUUUAAUGAGGACUACUGUAUAGUUGAAAUAACUAGAAGAAAAUGGGUUUUUUGGUGUGUAUGUGAUGAUUCUAUUUUUAAAACUAUUUGGAACAAGCAGGCCAUUAGCCAGAUUUGUCUUUUUGUUAUAUAACAAAGUUUCACUAACUUUAUGCAUUUAUAAAUGUUAUGCUUUUGUUAUUUUCAUUUAAAUUAUAAUUCUACCUAUUUCCUAAUAAUCCAUCUCAUAUAUAUUUCCAUUACUUGCAAAAAGCAGAGAUGGAAUAUUAACAAUAAAAGUUUUUAAAUUAUACUGUUAAGUUUUGGAAGUUUCAGAUUUUUCAAUAGGAAAUAAAUAUCUAAAACACAUUUUUAAUAGAAAAUAUUAUUUCAGGUUGUGAGAUCUAGUUGUAUUUCUGAAUAGACUGAUAAAUUUAUCAAUCCUAAAGAUAACUGGCAUAUCAGCUUUAAAAAUUUUUAAAGACUGGGUGAUUUUUGCAGUAUAAACAUUUUAUAAGAGUUAUAGAGAAACAUGUUUCACCUCCAGCAUAGCAUAAGAAAAUAAGGGCAUUACAUUUAAAGAAAUCCCUUUUAAAACAGAAGCAGGCUUUUCAUUUCAUUAAUUAAGAUGAAAUUUGAUAUGUGGUUAGUUUUUUUUUACUUAAAUAGGAUGUACUCACAAUCGAAGAUCAUAAUUUAGAGAUGCUGUAGCACCUAUAUUUAUAGUUUAUAAAACUGACUUUUCUUUCAAACUGUUGGCUAACUAGACAAUAAAAUUACAGUUUUAACAGACGUAGGCUUUUGGGUUUUCUGAAUCCUAUAAAGUCAAUUUUUUCCUUUAAACACUGAAAACCAGCCAUUGCUAAAAAUGUAUCAAUUAGUAAUGAUAGACUAACAUGAUACAGGAGAAUUGGUUACUAAGUUGAUUAAUGCAGCAGUGAAAAAGUUACUCUUCACAGAUACUGUAUUAUCAGUUAGUAAAAACAAACACCUUUGAGCUCACUUCUUUUAUUAUCUUUUAAAACAAUAGGCUUUAUUUUUUCGAGCAGUUUUAGGUUUACAGAAAAAUUUGAGCAGAAGGUACAGAGUUCUCAUAUGCCCCCUCUUGCCCUGUUUUCCAUAUUAAUAUCUCACAUUAGAGUGGUAUGUUUGUUGGCAUUGAUGAACCAGUCUUGAUACAUUAUUAACUGAAGUUAAUAGUUUACAUUUGGGUUUACUCUUUGUGUUGUACAGUUCUAUAAGUUUUGAGAAAUGCAUAAUGUCGUGUAUCUACCAUUAUAAUAUCAUGCAGAGUAGUUUCACUGCCCUGAAAGUCCCCUGUGUUCCAUUUAUUUAUCCCUCCCUCUUUCCUCCCACUUCCAAUCCUGGCAACCACUGAUCUUUUUAUUGUCUCUGAAGUAUUAUCUUUUCCAGAAUGUCAUAUAGUUGGAUCACACAGUAUGUAGCCUUUUCAGACUGGCUUCUUUCACUUAGCCAUAUGCGGUUAGGGUUCCUCCACGUCUUUUCGUGGUGAGCUCUCUUUUUCGUGAGGUGCUUAUUCAUCUUUGGUUAGCAUGUUGUUCUUAGUGCAAAGUCAAACACUGACAAAUUAGGGGCAGGCCAGGAUAAUGGCAGGUUUUUUAGGGUUUUUUUUUUUCUUUCAGUUUUUUUGUUUUGAAUCUUUUUGGGAGUUUUUUGGUUUGUUUAUUUUGAUAAACAGUUCCUUAAUUCCAAUUUAUCAAUCUUUUGUUUUUGUGAUUAGUGAUUUUUGUCUCCUGUUUAGGAAAUUUUUGCCUAUCCCAAUAUGAUGAUAUUCUCCUAUGUUUUCUUCUGGAAAUGUAGUUGCGUUAGUUUCACAAUUAGCUCUGUGAUCCCCUGCAAAGAAAUUUUUGUGUAUGGUAUGAGGUGGAAGUCAAGUCUCAUAGCUGUCUUUUGCCUAAGCAAUGUAAAUGGAGCGGGAAGUUUCAGUGUCUGGCCUUAUCUUGUAUCACUGGAUAAAGAUGUACAAAUGUUGACUUUAGGGGGGAAAAGCAAGCCAAGAAGCAAAUCAAUGGUUAGUUGUUAAAUGUAAUCUUACGAGGGCUUUCUGAAGGGAGAGCUGAAUUUAAGCACAGAUAGUACAUGGAUAACUUGAGUGCUGCUCCUGAAAUCCUCACUCUGAAUUUGCCAUGCUAUUUAAUUUAAUUAGCGGACAAUUGUCCUAUAUUGCAGUGGUUCACAAACUUUGCUGCCCAUUUUAGAAUCACUUGGAGAGCUUUUAAAGAUUGCGAUGACCAGACUACACCCCAUUCCAAUUAAAUCAGAAUGUUUUGGGUGUGGAAGCUAGGCACCGGAAGUUUGAUUCCAACAUGCAACAAUGUUUGGAAACCACAGACUUACUGGAUGCCAAAUACCGUGCUUUGCUGCCCAUUUUAGAAUCACUUGGAGAGCUUUUAAAGAUUGCAAAGACCAGACUACACCCCAUUCCAAUUAAAUCAGAAUGUUUGGGUGUGGAAGGUAGGCACCGGAAGUUUGUUAAGAUUUCCUGGUGAUUCCAACAUGCAACAAUGUUUGGAAACCACAGACUUACUGAAUGCCAAAUACCAUGCUUGGUGUUUCCACAUGUGUGAUCUUGUUUUUAAUCCUAAUAACCCUGCAAGGGAGGUUUUAUUGUCACCUUUUUGUACACAUGAGAAACAAACUCAGAAUAAAGUAAAAGACUCAAAAAUCACACAGCUCUUUAGGAUUAAAAUCCAGGACUGAUUGACUCCAAGAUCAAUGUUCUUUCCACAAGUCCUUGCUCUCUUAUUAGCGUUUAUUAAAUGACAGAAAGAGCAGAGAUUAUCUAUUUUUUCACUCAUUCAUUCAAUAAUUAUUGAGUACCUAUUGUAGGUGCUGGAGAUACAGUGAUAAACAAAACAGACAAAGUCUGUGUUCUCAGAGAACUCACAUUCUAGUUGGUGGAGACAGUUA